AUGGUCAAAAAUCCGUUACUCGUUCUAUCCAUUGGCCUUCUCUUUCUUUGUGCCCAGUGCGACCCAGUUGUGCCCCUGACACGCAAGCAGCAGCCUUCCGAAACUAGCAUUAAACCUGCUACUAGUAUAACGACGGGCGUAUCAGCAGUGUAUUCGUUACCUAUUCAUUCGGCAAGUCCAAAACUUGCUGAUGGCAAUGACCAAAAUGCGGACAACGGUAGUGAUCUUCUUGGUGAGGUUGAAAGCGCUGUUGGUACUCCAGUUGGAAGUGUUAUCAAUGAUCCAGAGGAAUUAUUUGUCGGUGGCGACAGGGCCCCUCCACGCAUAGAGUGUGAGAAAUCCAAAGACUGUGUAGUGUUUUAA